GAGUCGCAAGUGAGGAUGUUACCAGAGGUAAGCACUCAUCGUGGAAUGCAUUUCUCCGGUAUACUCCGGGACGGAGAAAUUUCGCGAGAUUCAUUCAAUUUCUUUAUAGCGAUCUUCAGUCUUCCUUCAGCAGUGCCAGUGUGAACUCACCAGUGCUUUUUUUACCGCAUUUUCCAGCACUCGUCGAAAUGAGAUGGGCUUCAGUUGUUCUCCUCUCAUUCGUUGGAAUCGUCGUCUCUUCAGAAGAUGAGACCAACGAGGUGAUAAUAGCACCAUCCUCAACCAAAUCACCGAUCAACCUCGACACGAACCUACGCAAAGCUUUACUCAAGGCCCUGGUCGAAUUAGAAAAUGAAGAGAAAGAAAACCUCCAACGAGAUACUAAUAACGACUAUGUGAACAUAAUUACCCAUUUAGGCUCGAAGGACCAGACAGUGGAGAAGGCGUCAGCAUCAUCCAUUUCAUUCUUCUCCAGAACAGAACCUGUCAAUAUGACUAUAACCGUGAAGAAAACCACCUCCAAACCAAAACAGUCUGUUGUGGUGCAAAAAAGCAAGGGAACCCAAAAGACUGUAUACGAUACUGAAGACCUCAGCGUUUCCGAUACUCCUGAGCAAAUUAUAGCAAGUGCUUCGAACAGCUUUGCUUCAGCAAAAUCCGAAAACUCUAAAACUGUCACAGGUGGAGCACAAAUCAAUUCCCUCAUUUCAAGAGGUAAAGUCAAGAAAUCCAAGUUUGAACAAACCACAACAACUAAACCAACCUCUUCGACUGAAGAAAAUGAAGCAAAGGUAGAAAGCCUUCAAUUUUUUUCCGCACCUUUAGUAGCCGCAUUCACUGUACACCAAGAUGAUAAAGGUCUUCCGAAUAGUGUCGUCCCAAUCUACAAUCAAGGAAAUGCAGUUACAAGUACCACUGAAAAGCAACAAGAAGAAAAUUUGAAGAACCAGGAAGAAUUUCAAAGAGAAGUACAGAAGCAGCAGAAAGAAUUAGAAGCCAGACAAGACGAAGAAUUGAGAAACAAGCAAUUAAAGCUUGAGGAAGAAAUCAAAAGAUUAACCAAACUUAGGGAAGAACAGGAAAAAUUAUUAAGGCAACAACAAUUCAUUUACGAAAAGGAAUUAUUGGAACAGCAAAAGAAAUUAUUUGAAGGACAGACAAGAUUCUUUAAUAAUGCACAGCGUUUCAUUCCUAUUCCUCAAACAACUACCACGUCGAAACCAACGUUGCGACCUAAUUCUAAGGAUAAUUUCAGAGGGACUUCUGGAAAUUCAGGAACAUUUGUUGCCAUUCAGCCUAGUGUUGGAUUUGUUCAACCAGUUGUGAGCUCUCUGCCACAGAAUGCACAGGUUCUUCCAAUAAAGAAUCCAGUAGAUUUCAGAACACCUUUUCCACAAUCAUUCGGUCAGCUUGGGAUCCAAAGUAGUACCGAAUCGAGACAAAUCGGAAACGGUCAAUCCUUCUUGAUUGGUCCUCAAUCUUCUCCAAUUCCACCACUUUCGUUGAGUACAUUUCAGAAUACUAUUGUACCAUCAGUGAGUACAGCUCAAAAUUCAGCAGUUCCUCUAGUCAAUACUGCUCAAAAUCCUCUAUUUUUCCAAAGUCUUCCUUCAACGCAAAUUAGCUCAAUAUUCCACCAACCACCACAACUGCAUAACGGAUUUUCAGCUUCUCAAAGUCUGCCUUUCCAAUUAGCACAGAACAUUCCAUUCAGAAAUUCGAUAAACACACCCCCAUCCCAUGGUACUAGAAGUCUAAGGCAAGAAUCUGGUACUGGAAACUUCUUGAACGACAGAUUCAAUGCUCCAGACAACAGUAAUAACUUUUUUAGAGAUCACAGAUUCAAUAUCAACACGUUCCCUUUCCAGCAAGCGCCACAAGCUUCGCAGUUUACAAGAAAUAACUUCGAAAACGGCAAUCCAAACAAUUUUAAUCGGUACCAGUACAAUACUGUGCAAUAUUCAGUAGACCAACCAUUUCUGAACCAAAGGUUCAAUAAUCUCCUGUUGCACACUGGCUUAGGCCAAGGCAAACAACAGGAAAACCUUAAUAUAGUGUCUAAAGUUUUGUCUUUGAACCAUCUUGGUGCCGAUUCCCAAACAGCGAAUGCCCUUGAUGAUUUCAAAAGGAUACGAGCACCUGCCAGUUGGAGGGUUGUGUAAUGCGGUCUCACUAAUUUAUUAAAUUUAUUUCAAUCUGUGGAUUUUGUAUUUAAAGAUUGGUUUUAUUCUUUAAUUGGAAGAGUUAAGUCCCUACCUCACCUAUCACCACUGGAGUGAAUAUUUCGAAAGGAAUUACUAAACCUUAAUUCGACUUCUUGAACUUAACUGCUAGGAGAAUGAAACCUUUCGUGUUAUUUAUGAUAAUUUUUAAGCUGUUGUUAUAAGAUUGUGCCAAUUUAAAAAGAGUUUGUAAGAUAUUAUUAAAUACUACUUAAUAAAAAAAGAGAAA